AUGGACUCUACGGCGUUGUCUGAGUUGUCGGGCGAUGGAGAGGAGAGACAACGACAGGCGACACCCCCUCCGUACUCAGGACCUUCAACCUCGCUGAUUGCGCGAUCACCCGCGCAGCAGGACAUUGAGCGAACGAAGUUCCCGACGCGAUAUCCCGGACUCCCAAGGCUUGACUAUCGGCUAUACUCACCACCACUCUUCAAGCUGUCGAAUGACUCCAAAACACUUUCUUCCCGGGCCGAGUACUUGUCAACCAACGCUAACGCACUGGUGUCACUGAUUCGGGCCCAGGCGUCGGUCCCCCCCAAGCCCCAGAUCCAUAUCCGAGGCAGCCGCGGUCGCAAAGUAGACUUUAACAUCCAGCUGAACCUCAUGAAUCUUCUUGUGCCCGAUGACGAAAAGCAGCGCAUUGAUUAUAUACGUUGUGUUGGCGAGGGCGAGCUAGCGUACCGUGGUGGUAGCCGGCCUGAUGUUUUACCAGAGGUUGGUGAAGGGGGUUUGGAGGAGUGGUGUCGUCGGUAUGUCCAGGAUGCAUCGGCCGUGAAACUCUUCGCCUUGGACCGUGUUGUGGCCAACCUUGACACAGAGUGGAUGGAGGGUCAACUCCGGAGUCUCGUGGCAUCGCUCAACUAUCGUGGUGUUGUUGACGUGACAUUUGUUGUCACCCACAGCCGGGUUGUGGUGCAGAACCCCGAUAAGCUCAAUACCUUCUUUACAAACUUGACCAGCUUGUUCUCCGGAAAGAAUAAGUUUGAGGUGAUUAAAGCUGUGUGGCCGUUUGCGACGACCAAGAAUGGGGAACCAGGCCGGCGGUGUGUGGUUCAAAGCGAGGACAUUUGGUGGAAGGAAUGGAAGGACCCUAUCAAGUAUGCAAUCUCCCAGAAACGGCACGGAUGGGUUACAGUUGAGGAUAAACUUGAAGCGGUCAUGGAGGGCAAAGGCAAUGCAACGGACACGAUCGACUGGGGCCCUGAAGGCGCCGCUUGUUGA